AUGGCGCACGCGCAUCCUCGUGCGAUCAGGAAUGCCACUCUGGCCGCACUGACCGUCUGCUCGGCUGCCGCCCUGGGCCUGGCCGAGAGCCUCGAGAUCAGCGCCGACAGAAGCCGUGUCAGCAGGACGGGCCGGAUUCGUGGAGGCGUCGUCUCCACCGAGAUGGUGGUGGUGGAAUCGGAAGCAGAGCGGAAGCAGAAGCGUGGAGAUUUCAACAUCACCAGCGCUGCCGAGAAGCUGGAGUCCCGGGUUCGCCUGGAGUCCAAAGACAUGACGUGGCCGCAGGACAGUUUCGUGAAGUGCCUCGAGGGUAACAACCAGACCGCGUCCAAGGCCCUUCGGAUGAAGCAGUGCCUGGUGGCCAACCAGGCGCGGUGCGAGAGCCCCAGGGUGCAGCCAGUCUGCGCCUGGGCGGCCGGCUUCGGCUCGGGCAUCCACAUGUGGGUGCACUCCCUCACCUACGCGCUGGAGAGCGGGGCCACGUGUGGGUACCCACUGGGCCGUGGUCGUACGUGGACGAGCAGCGGUGUCCCGACGUCGGAGGCGUGCCAGCUGGCCAGAGCUGCUAUUUCAAGGAGGUGA